AGGGACCGGGGGAUGGCGGCGGCGCCGCUCCAGACGGGACGGGGAAAGGGGACGAUGAACGACUGGGCGCCCAUCGCAAAGGAGUAUGACCCGCUCAAAGCCGGGAGCAUUGAUGGCACAGAUGAGGAGCCCCACGACCGUGCCAUAUGGAGGGCUAUGCUGGCACGCUAUGUACCCAACAAGGGAGUUACAGGAGACCCUCACCUCACGCUGUUUGUAGCAAGGCUCAAUCUUCAGACAACAGAAGACAAGUUAAAGGAGGUGUUUUCCCGCUAUGGAGACAUCAGAAAGCUCCGUCUGGUUCGAGACCUGGUCACGGGGUUUUCCAAGGGAUAUGCGUUUAUUGAGUACAAAGAGGAGCGAGCCCUCCUGAAGGCCCACAGAGACGCCAACAGGCUGGUUAUCGAUCAGCAUGAGAUCUUUGUGGACUUUGAACUGGAAAGAACUCUCAAAGGAUGGAUUCCUCGCAGGCUUGGAGGUGGUUUUGGAGGCAAAAAAGAAUCCGGGCAGCUCCGGUUCGGAGGACGGGACAGACCUUUCCGAAAGCCCAUCAAUUUGCCAAACAUGAAGAGUGAUUUCUAUGGAGAAAGAUCAGCAGAGAAAAGAAACUGGUCUCAGGAGGGAUCAAGGGACUGGAGAACAAGGGAUCGAGACCACGACAGGAGCAGAGACAAGCGGUGGCCAGAAAGGGAGCGGUCGUGGACUUGGGGUGAAAGCGAGAGGGACUCCAAAGAGGAGAGGAGCAGAGGGAGGGAGAGGAAGGACAGAGACAGGAAGGACAGGGAUAGAGACCGGAGCAGGGAAAGAGAUUCCAAGAAGCAAAGAGAUGAUGACAAGCACCGGGCCAGAUCCAAUUCCAGCUGAUAAAGGAAGUGUGUAGUCACUGAGGCUUUCUGCUGAGCGUGUCUGGUCCUGCCUGCUCAGCCUUGCUAUUGUGAUGUCCACACAAAGGACUGCUGUAUUAAUGCAGCAGCCGAUGAGAAUGCAACCAGCAGUGCAUGUUAACACGGGGUCAUGCAAAAGGAAACCACAGUACCAAACAGUAUUACAAAACAAUUCCUACAAGGGACACAAGUCUUCUUAUUGGCUGCAAUGUGGGAUCGUCUGGAAUCAAUCCAGCUGCUACCAUGGGCAUUAUGGCUGUAAAGAUCCUGGUCAGGAAAGUACAGACACAGAAGAGGUAAGACUGGAGCAAGGCAAAGAAAAAGCAUUCCAUUAAAAAGAAAAGAGGCAAA